CAUUUGCUGUCAUUUGUCAAUUUGUCAAGUGUCACUUGUACAAAGUGAUUGCGAUCGAUUUUUCGCCUCAGAAAUUCAUUAUUUCGUGACAAGAAAAAUGGCUGACAAGGCAGUAACGACCCUCCCAAAGCCUCAAAUGCGGGGCUACCUUAAUGCCGCCAUCAAGAGGAACAUCAUAGGGGCUCUCACCUUAGCCGCUGUGAGCGGUUUCCUUUUCAAGACUCUGGUCGGUAAUGAGCGCAAGAGGAAGUAUGCUGAAUUCUACAGGACAUAUGAUGCUGAGAAGGAGUUUGAAGAGAUGCGUGCGAAGGGACUUUUCCAAUCCUGCUAAUUUUUAUUAGAACAUUACUGUAGCCGUAUUAUUAUUAUUUAAAAAUAAAUGUGAUACUAAAAUUG